AUGCCACCAAAACCUCGAAUAUCUUUAUUUUCUCUGAGCCCUGAAGCUCCACAAUGGCAGCAUUUACUUCGUGCUACUUUACAAGAAUGUGCCUAUCUUCCAGAUCCUAUUGCUCGAACAUAUAUGCGUAGCUAUGUUGUGGAUCGAUAUCGCCGAGCAUUCAAAUCAAAAGUACCCGAAGUCAAGUUGACUCGAGCAGCUAAGCAGGGUCUCACUUUGUUACGAAGGGCCAAUGAAGGCUAUCCACGAGCAUUAGACCGAGUCAUGCUCAUGUCUUACGGCCGGAUUGGCAAAAGAAGACACGAGUUAGUCGACCAGCUCUUGACUCCCAAAGUCCCAGAAAACACCGAAGCACUCAGAGAUUUGGUCAACAGCGUGCCUGAGUUUGAAGAUGGCUGGGUAGCCCCAGAGAUCAUUACGGCCCUAAUCAAGUCUCAGAUGAACCACGGGGUUUUCACCGCAUCCCGUGUCCGACCCCAGAUAAAGUCCAGUGAGCCAGUGAUUCCCGAGAAGAAUAUCUGGGGUCGACCUUUAUCUCGAUCUCGUCGGUUCAAUAUCCGGCAUGACUGGUAUUACGAAACACUGUAUAGCGUCCUACCACCGUUACCAGAACGAGAUCUUGAAAUUAUGCAGGGUCUAAUUGCGGGGACUAUACCAUGGAAGCCUCGGAGGCAAAGGCCGGUACAGCCUCCUGCCUCUAAGAACGAUAUCGUGUUGGACUUCUUGACAGAUGGUCCUCAAAAAGAGAACACCUUUCGGCCAUAUGUAAAUGGUCGUCCGCACAAUAUUACUACGAGGUUCAUGCAACGCCAGUGGAGGCGUAUCUCUGCACUUAUACCCAGAAUUCAUUGGAAUGAUGCCAUGAAGAGGUGGAAUUUUGAUUGGGACAGUCCUAAGAGUCUACCACAGGUGGCCUUUGCUGUGGAGGAGGAUUCUGAUCUGGAUGGGAUUUUCGGGUCAUCAGCUGGAGACGCCCCCAAGAGCACUUGA